AUGGAGCUGCCUGAGAAAUUCCCCCCUGGCAUGGUCCUGGGCCGAGUUGCUGAAAACCUCGAGGACCACCAUAGUCACCUUCGCGUGGCUCUUUCCACCAGCCAUGUUGCCUAUGAGGAAGCCCUCACUGCAACUCUCAACUGCGUGCGCGGGCUUCCAGGCCGCAUACUGCUGCCAACCACAAACCCAGUCCGUCGAGCACUCCUAAAGAAGAUGGCACUCGAAAGUCAAGAUUCGUUAAAGGACCCCACUCCUUUUUCAUCUAUCCGACCCAUUCGGACAGCGGGUCAACUAAAUCCAGAAGACUUUCCGCCACCCGCUUCUCCAAAUCGCCGUGCGUUACUGAAGAAGAAGUAUAAUACCCCCUCACCACGAGAACCUUAUAUCCUCAAUCUCCCUGCGUUACGUACAGAGAACACCUUGACCGCCAUCGUCGGUAAUGCAAUGGUUACUUCUUUGGAGUGGGAACCGGGUCUUUCAGAAUGUAAGCUGUCGGCAGUUGAAAUGCUCUGGGACACAGGCGCCCAUAACUCAAUUAUCACAAGAGAUCUCCUCGAUGAAGAAUUUCGAGUACACCUAUCUGAUCCAAUCAACAAAUCAUAUGGACUUGGGACUCUCGUCCAAGUUUCAUUCAAAGUCGAAUUUUCCAACUCGUUGUUUCACAUGGACAUUAUCGUAGUGGUUGUGGAACUAGGCAUAAUACUAAAUUUACGGCCAGGCAUCCUGCUAGGACAAAGGGGCUGUAUUGACGCAUUGCAAUAUCGGUCUAUUCCACGGUCUAUCUUUCUGGCCAAAGGAGACCCGAUCGACAAAAGGUACUGGGGAGAGCUAAUUCUAGGAAGCUAUAUUGAUAUCGAUGGAGUGCUGAAGGAGAUUCCCACGGGUUAA